GCUGCCCCUCUCCCCGCCGACAUUCUUUUCCCCUUCUCACUUGUUUUGCAAAACUUCAGACCACAUUGUUCUGAGUGUCAACUCCAAUUCUCUUACCUCUUCAAUCUGAGUCAAGGGCCCUUUGUUCAUUUCUCCUUCUUUGUCUAUCUCUGACAUCUCCAAUCUAUCCAUCCCGUCCUUUGAAACCCCACUUGACCAGUCAGCACGUCAUGGCCCAACAGGUCGAGAGCAAUAACAAUGACCAUUUGGUCCAAUCUACCGACCCCGAGCACCCCUCCAACUUGAUCCCUGAACUUUGUCGCAAAUUCUAUAACUGGGGAUGGGUCACUGGCACUGGUGGUGGCACUUCCAUUCGACGCGAUGACCACAUCUUUAUUGCGCCGUCCGGUGUGCAGAAGGAAUUAAUGAAGCCAGAGAACAUCUUCGUUCUCCAAUUCCCCACUCCCAAAUAUCCCCCCUCCGAGCGCAAAUAUAUCCGCAAGCCACUCGACCUGAAGCCAUCGGCCUGCACUCCUCUGUUCCUGGCGGCCUUUGAGCGUGGUGCUGGCUGCUGCAUCCACACUCACUCUCAAUGGGCCGUCUUGGUGACGCUUCUAGUGGAGCGUGAGAAGGGCCCCGGAGGCUACUUCGAAAUCAGUAACAUUGAACAGAUCAAGGGUAUUCCUCGCGGCAAGGGCAAGGGCAUGUUGGGUUUCUUUGAUACCCUGAGAAUACCGAUUAUUGAGAACACCGCCUUCGAGGAGGAUCUCACCGGAAGCUUGGAGAAGGCCAUGGAGGAGAACCCCGACACCUGCGCUGUUCUUGUGAGAAGACACGGAAUUUACGUCUGGGGAGAUAAUGUUGCCAAAGCCAAGACCCAGUGUGAAAGUUUGGAUUAUCUGUUCCAGCUUGCUGUGGAGAUGCACAAACUUGGUAUUCCAUGGGUUAAGGAAUAGAUGAGUUCUUAAUGCAAAGGGCUUGAUUUCCGUCAUUGAGGACCCUGGGGAAGUCGUGUCCGAGUCGACUAAGUUGAGACGCUAUAUUUUGAAGAUACCACCAUUAUGAUGAUGAUUUGAUAAGUUGGGUAAAGAAACUAUAUGUAGUGAAAGAGCGUUAUAGGAUUUAUAAGCCCAUACUGGAAUAUACAUUGG